AUGAUUUUAGGGCCUCAAAUGAUCGAGGAUACAGUUAUAAAAGUAAAGGAGAUUCAAGCGGUGCAAGAUCCCCAAAAGAGCUACGAGGAUUUGAAGCAUAGAGAGGAGAAAUUUGAGGUCGGUGACAAAGUAUUGUUAAAGGUGUCACCAAUGAAAGGUGUAAUGAGAUUUGGAAAGAAAGGAAAUCUUAGCCUAAAGUAUAUUGGUCCAUAUGAAUCACAUGUGCUACAACCUGAAGCCAUUGAGUUAGACCAAAGCUUAACUUAUGAGGAAAGACCUGUCAAGAUCCUUGACAAGUAUGAAGAAGCAACUUGGGAAGCCGAGGAUGAGAUGAAAAAGAAGUAUCCUGAGUUGUUUGAGGCAAAAGUAUGA